AGGACCGCGCGCCGGAGCCCGCUCCGCGUCCCCGCCACCGGAGGAGGUUCCCGCACGCUCGCGGCGCGCGCCGGCCCCGCUCUCGGCCUGUGGGCGAUUUCCUCCGGACCCAGACUCCCCGCCCGAGGAGGAAGAUGCAGACCUUCCUGAAAGGGAAGAGGGUUGGCUACUGGCUGAGCGAGAAGAAAAUCAAGAAGCUCAAUUUCCAGGCCUUCGCCGAGCUGUGCAGGAAACGAGGGAUAGAGGUGGUGCAGCUGAACCUCAGCCAACCAAUCGAGGAGCAGGGCCCCCUGGAUGUGAUCAUCCACAAGCUGACCGAUGUCAUCCUGGAGGCUGACCAGAAUGACAGCCAGUCCCUGGAGCUGGUGCACAGGUUCCAGGAGUAUAUAGAUGCCCACCCUGAGACCAUCGUCCUGGACCCCCUCCCUGCCAUCAGGACCCUGCUUGACCGCUCCAAGUCCUAUGAGCUCAUCCGGAAGAUUGAAGCCUACAUGAAAGACGAGCGGAUCUGCUCACCACCCUUCAUGGAGCUCACCAGCUUGUGCGGGGAUGACACCAUGAGGCUGCUGGAAGAGAACGGCCUGGCAUUCCCCUUCAUUUGCAAAACUAGAGUGGCCCAUGGCACCAACUCUCACGAGAUGGCCAUCGUGUUCAACCAGGAGGGCUUGAGUGCCAUCCAGCCACCCUGCGUGGUCCAGAACUUCAUCAACCACAAUGCUGUGCUCUACAAGGUGUUUGUGGUGGGCGAGUCAUACACCGUGGUCCAGAGACCCUCACUCAAGAACUUCUCCGCAGGCACCUCAGAUCGAGAGUCCAUCUUCUUCAACAGCCACAAUGUGUCAAAGCCAGAGUCAUCGUCCGUCCUCACCGAGCUGGACAAGAUCGAAGGCGUAUUCGAGCGGCCAAGCGACGAGGUGAUCCGAGCGCUGUCCAGCGCCCUGCGGCAGGCGCUGGGCGUGUCGCUCUUCGGGAUAGACAUCAUCAUCAACAACCAGACGGGGCAGCACGCCAUCAUCGACAUCAACGCCUUCCCAGGCUACGAGGGUGUGAGUGAGUUCUUCACGGACCUCCUGAACCACAUCGCCAGCGUCCUGCAGGCCCAGAGCACCGCCGCCACUGCCGCCCCCGCCACGGGGGAUGUGGCCCCGCUGAGGCACAGCCGGCUCCUGGCGGAGCAGGCAGGCAGCCUGGCGGGCGAGCGGACGUGCAGCGCCAGCCCCGGCUGCUGCAGCAGCAUGAUGGGCCAGGACGCGCCCUGGAAGGGAGAGGCCGAGGCCGGCGGAGUGGGCGCAGGCGGCUCUGCGAAGCUGCCGCACCAGAGACUCAGCUGCACCACGGGGGUGUCGCCCAGCUUCCAGCAGCACUGCGUGGCCUCGCUGGCCACCAAGGCCUCCUCGCAGUAGCCACGGAGCCGGGACCCAGAGGGGCAGCACGGAGCACGGAGCGCGCCCGCUGGGCCAGCGGCUCCCAUCGAGGACGCUACUAAGAAUUCCCGAAGA